CUAUCAGUCUGCGGCAGCCAAACCUGUCGGAACGACUAGCAAUUUUUUUCUCUUUGAAAAAUCAAUUUAAAUCACCAAGCUGGAUUGCGAGAGUGAAACUAGGAAGGAUGUUCCCUCCUCGUCCUCAACCAUCUCAUACGAGAAGUUUACAUCCUUCAGAAAAGGUCAACAUGGAGGGGCCUGCACGGCGUAUGGCGCCUUUGAACCUCACACUGGACAACUUUGAUUGCGUCGAGGCGCGGGACUCUCCUUACGUUUUGACAAGUCCCAGGUCGCUUGAGGCGUGCAAAAUUCUGGGCAUCAAGCCCGUUGAGCUUCUGUACCAAAGUCUGGGAGAGGUUCGGCAGAAACUGGGUGACGCUGCUAGUCUGGAUCGAGUGAUCUCGGUUUACCAGACACUGGAGAGAGAACGACAGAGCAAACUCGAGGCCUGCAGAGCAGUGCGCGAUCAUCUUUCAGUGGACACCGAAGCCGACCUGAAAGAAAAUCACGACCCGUCACCCAAGAGCAAGAAGGAGCAGGCCGAACGCGAGAACAACUACCUGGCCAGGCAUGACAAAGCGCUGAGAUCGCUGGAAAAUAAUAGCGAGGGAGAUUCGUCUGAAAAGUCACCGGCACCGUCCAAAUGUUCCAUCAAAGUCGGAAUCCGGAGUCCGAAGAAAAGUCCAGUGCUUCGUCCGUCAUGUGUGCCCAAGAAAACGCAAAGUCCAUUUGCAAGGGCAAGUCCGAGUCCGAUUUUAAAGAGUUCAUGCUCUCCCUCUUCAUCUAGAAAAUCAAGUCCAAGCCAAAUUCCGGCUCCAACCUUCAAAAUCACCACCACACCUAGGAGGAGGUCCAUCAAUAAGGUUAGACCCAGGACGGCUCCAAACAGAGCUUCUGCUAAGAGCCCCCCAUUGAAAAAGUACCCUGGCUCUCCGCCUUUCAAGAACCUCCCGCGCUUAACUCGAUUUUCGCCAGACUGCGGAAGGCCAAAGUCAAGCACCAGCACCUCAUCAUUGAGUGGCAGUCACAAGUUUUACCCAUGCAGGCGGCAGGUGAGCAGUGCUACCUCAACCAGGAGCUCUUGCCUUUCGCCCUCAAAGUCCGGGCGCUCCUCUGCCAAGUGGACUUCUGUCACUGAUCAGCAUUCAUUUUCUCGUAGAAAUCUCUUUGGCGACAUCAAAGCUCAGCUUAAUUUGGCAGCGGCUGCCAUCCCUGAACAUGACCGUCGAAUUUUGGACUCUAUGGUUUUGAAAAGGGAGCAGGAAAUAGCAGCAAAGCAAUUGGCAUUUGAAGCGCAUCAAGCCUGGGAAGAGGCAAGAGAGGAACGGGAGAAAGAAAAAGAGAAACAAGCUAAUGUCUACAAAGACUAUCUGGUGAAGAAGAGGAGGAUUGAAAACGAGAUGAGUGAAAGGAAAAUGGCUCUGUUGAGAAAAGAGGAGGAAGAGGCAAAGCAGCGGCUGCAGCAAAGUCUGGCUGAAAAGGACAUGAGGGCUUCCACCAAUUUGAAAGCAAUCUCUGUCACUAAGUCCUGCGGACAAGGUGACAAAGCAGACGCGCUGGAGCAGCAAAGAGCUGCAGUGGCGUGCGCCAAGGAGCAGAUCAACCAGCAAUAUGAGCAGUGGCGGCAGAGCAUUGAGCGCAACCAAAUGGAGAGACUGGGCAGAGCGCGCGAGUCCAGAGAAAAGAGCGUUGAGUCCACGAAAAGGAGGGUGGCAAGCGCAAACAGGGUGGAGGAAAUGCGUCGCGCCGAACGAAGAAAACUGAUUGAAGAGGAGCGGAGCAUGGCGAUGGCUGCGUUGAGAGCAAAGUGUGAGGAAAAGCAGAAAAGGGCAGAGCUCAGGAUGAGCAACAUUGCCCUCAACAAGGAGCGUUGCUUGAAGGGCCAAAGCGAGGUCAGACAAAGCAAAUACGAGAGUGCCAGGAAGAUGCACUCGGAUCUGGAAGAAGGUCUGCGCCAGUGGCGUGAGCACUGCAACCAGCUGCAAAGCAAAGCGGCCGCGGAAGCAGCUAAAAGGGCUUCGCAGCAGUUCCUGGAGAAGAAGAGAAAGGCAGAGGCGGCCAACAAAGCUAAGGAACAGCACCACACUCUUGUGAUGAGCAGAAUAUCUGCGGGCCAGAACGCUUUGCUCGAGGCGCGUCGCAGUGCCAUCUUGGACAAGGAGGACAAGAUGAGGCGUCUGCAGCAGCUGAGAGAGAGUUCGGUCCACGAGUCGAGGAGCACCGCCCAGAGCACAGCUUUGCUUAGAGACUCCGUCAGGAGGAACCUGACGCCAGACACCUUUGAUAAGCUGGUAGCUCGCACUGCUCUGGAAACAAGAGUGACCGCGAGCAUUUCCAGUUCGGCAAGUCCGCCACUGAACUCGUCUUCCAAGUCCCACAUUUUGCUGGGAUAAACACUCUUCGAUUGUGUCAAAUUGUGGUGUAUUUAAUUGUGAGACUAGCUGUAGCAUUCAAACAUUAUUAUUGCAAAUAUUAUAACAAUCAGUAAUUAUUAUAUUGUUCACGUGUCCUUUGAGUGGUGCUGUUUAUGUGGAAGAUAAUUUUAAAAUGCAUAAUUAUGACAACAGAGUAAUAAAAUUUAAUUGAUACUAAG